AUGUCUGACCCCAACGUUUCCAUUCUCGACCUUGCCCAGCAGAUCCAAACCAACGCCAAUGCAAUCUCCGAGUACUUGCAGCAAAACUCCCUCCCACCUCUCUCUCUUGCCGCAGAUGCAUAUCCAUUCUUUCCGGGAACAGGGCCAACCGGCGUCGACAGGUAUCCCAGGCUCAAUGAAGACAUUUUGAAGGCGCGUUCCCAAGUCCGGGAAGCAUGUGGUGCUCUGUUGCAGUUGGUCUCAGGUCCGGCAGAGGCAUCUUGGAAUCUUUUGACCGUACACUUCAUGUCGGCAUGUCUGCAAUAUAUCUAUCAUUAUCGACUUGCCGAGGAGGUACCUGUCACCGGGGACAUCAGCUUCCACGACCUUGCUGCAAAGACGGGUACACUGGAGAGUCAAUGCGCCCGAAUACUGAAAUUAGCCAUGUCCCAAAAUAUGUUUCGGCAAUCCAGACCCGGUUAUGUGGCUCACACUGCCUUGUCCGCAACGUUGUUGCAGCCUGACUUCCGGGAUCUCGUUGGGUACGUGACCGAGGAAAGUUUCCUCGGCGCCCCAAGGCUCGUGGAGGCCGCGGAGAAGUAUCCCGGAAGCCAAGAGAGGAACACCACCCCGUGGAAUGUUGGCCACAAUACCGACCUACCAAUGUUUGAGUAUUUUGAAAAGCACCCAGAUCGGUUACGACGGUUCAUGGGCGGCAUGAGGGCGCUAGCUUCCGGGGAGAGCUACAACAUAAAGCAUUUGGUAGAUGCGUUCAACUGGAAAUCCCUGGGAGACGGUCUCGUAGUCGAUGUGGGUGGUAGCUUUGGACACUGCUGUUCGGAGAUUGCCGAAGUCGCACCGGAGCUGAGAUUCAUCGUGCAGGAUCUCGAGAAGGUCGUGAUGCAAGCUCGACAAGAGCGAGCCAACGACAAGCACGUCAACCGGAUCGAAUUCCAAGCGCACGACUUUUUCACACCGCAGCCUGUCAAGAACGCCGAUGUGUAUCUCCUGAGGUUCAUCUGCCACGAUUACUCGGACAAGUAUGCUGCGAAAAUCUUAAGCAACAUAACUCCCGCCAUGGGCGCUAACAGUAGGAUUGUGAUCGUUGAUGGCAUCAUGCCUGAAGUCGGUGCCCGGAGCAAGUCCGACGAAUAUCAAGCAAGGCUCAUGGAUAUGGAGAUGAUGCUCAGUUUCAACGGUUGCGAGAGGGAUGAAGGUGGCUGGAAGUCAUUGUUUGAGCAGGCCGAUCCGAGAUUGGAGCUGCGAAGCAGUAAGAGAAUACCGGGUAACAUCCACGCCGUGAUGGAGGUUGGAUUGAGGGUCUGA